UAUUGUAUCGCGGAGAGGGAGAGGUGGUAAAAGAGGGCUAGACUCUAGAGGUUCGUCGCGUUGGCAAUGCCGCGUUGGUCGCCCCACUUCCCUUCUCCUCGCCGCUCCUCGACCAUCGCCUUUUUAGGGGGAGUCGACGCCUCCUGGAUGGGCUCCAUCGCUUGUUCUCGCGCCAUCCCCGCCGUGCCACCUUUGCGUCGUCCUUGACCACGACAAAGCAAUCCGGGACGCAGUAGGGAGGAAGAGGAAGAGGAAUCAGAGAACUAGUUUCUGGGUGAACAGUAUUCUGGAAUAUUUGGUCUUGCAAUCAUCUUGGUGCCCCGGAGGACGGAGGAGGCCGCCAUGGAACCUCAAAAGAAGAGCAAGCUAGAAAAUGAAUUCUUCACGGAAUAUAGUGAAGGAAGCCGAUAUCAUGUACAAGAGGUUAUUGGAAAAGGAAGCUAUGGGGUAGUUGGGGCUGCAAUUGACACCCAUUCUGGAGAGAGGGUGGCCAUCAAGAAGAUCAAUGACGUCUUUGAACAUGUUUCUGAUGCCACUCGAAUUCUGAGAGAGAUCAAAUUGCUUAGGUUGCUACGCCACCCUGACAUUGUAGAAAUUAAGCAUAUAAUGCUUCCUCCAUCUCGAAGGGAAUUCAGAGACAUUUACGUUGUUUUUGAGUUGAUGGAAUCAGAUCUUCAUCAGGUUAUAAAGGCAAAUGAUGACCUCACACCUGAACACCAUCAAUUCUUUUUGUACCAGCUUCUUCGAGCACUUAAGUAUAUUCAUGCAGCCAAUGUUUUUCACCGAGAUUUGAAGCCAAAGAAUAUUCUCGCCAAUGCAGAUUGCAAACUGAAAGUCUGCGAUUUCGGUCUUGCCAGAGUAGCAUUCAAUGAUGCUCCAUCGGCUAUAUUUUGGACAGACUAUGUGGCAACAAGGUGGUAUCGUGCUCCUGAAUUAUGUGGCUCAUUUUUUUCUAGAUAUACACCUGCAAUUGAUAUAUGGAGCAUAGGAUGCAUCUUCGCAGAAAUGCUCACAGGAAGACCUUUGUUCCCUGGCAAGAAUGUUGUGCAUCAGUUGGAUCUCAUGACCGAUCUCCUUGGCACGCCUUCAGCUGAAUCUAUUGCUAAGAUUCGAAAUGAGAAAGCUAAAAGGUAUUUAAGUAAUAUGAGGAAGAAGCAACCUAUCUCUUUCCAUCAAAAGUUUCCUUGUGUAGAUUCUCUGGCUCUGCGUUUACUUGAACGUCUUCUAGCAUUUGAUCCUAAAGAUCGGCCUACUGCUGAAGAGGCAUUGAAUGAUCCUUAUUUUCGAGGCCUGGCAAAUGUUGAACGUGAACCUUCGACCCAACCUAUAUCAAAACUAGAGUUUGAGUUUGAGAGGAGAAAAUUGACAAAAGAUGAUGUACGGGAGUUGAUUUAUCGAGAGAUCUUGGAGUAUCAUCCUCAGAUGUUGCAGGAGUAUCUACGUGGUGGAAAUCAAAUUAACUUUAUGUACCCUAGUGGAGUAGACCUCUUUAAGCGGCAAUUUGCUCAUCUCGAAGAGCAUUAUGGUAAUAAAGGUGAUAAGAAUGCUGCUCUUCGGCAACAUGCCUCCUUACCAAGGGAGAGGGUUGGUGGGAACAAAGACAGGUCUGCUGAUGACAAUAAUGAAUAUGAAGGGCGAAGUGUUGAAUCUGUUGCCCGCUCUACUCUUGAGAGCCCUCCUGGGUCACAGCAUGGCGAGAGGUCGGAUCACUCAUCCAUCGCUGAUGUAAACAGAUCAAAAAUCGGUGCACGUAGCUUGUUGAAGAGUGAAAGCAUCAGUGCUUCCAAGUGUGUAGUAGUCAAACAAAGGAAGGAUAAAGAAGUAAGCGCACACUGGCAAUCACUACAAUGUAUUUUGUUCCUGAUCCCGAUCCUCUCUAUAACUUCCUGUUUUGCGGUAUUAGCAGAGGAAAUAGGUGAGGUCACAGAAGACUCGGUCGAUGGGUUGGAUUCCAAGUUCUCACAUUUACAUUCCUGAUAGGAUCACACAGUCGAUCGAUUCCCAGCAAGUUCACACAUUUAUAUUCAAUCUUGACAAUUCGAAUGAUGUGUGAGAAACUCCAGAGUUAACUGGUAGAGUAUAUCGAUCAUGGCAUGCUCGAGUGGAGCCCUCAGCUCAGGUUAACAGAUGAGGUUCAUCAACAAGCGCUCUGUAAGCCAUAUUUAUUUGAGCUGUUACUAUUGUAUCUCAUACAAGAUUGCACCAACCAGCAGAAAUCUACAAUCCUGUAACUAUUCAACUUUUUGUUUACACCUAAGCCAAAGGUUUGGGGAAUGUUAAAUCAUUUUAUUUUGAUUGAGAAAUGUUAAAUUAUUUGACACUGAUGAUCAUCUUGAAGAAGAUAUUCGUAUAA